CGACGGCCGGAGUUCUUGACUGUUAGCUCCCCCCAGGCCAGAGGGCCACCGAGGCGCGGCCGUCCUGCACGAUGACCAAGAGACAGUUUUUCUGCACACGAAUUUGGGUUCGGGUGCACUUCUGUUUUGUGAGGUUGUGUAAGUGCCUCCAAAAUUUCUGGAAUGUCACUGUUAAGAGCUGUUUUGCUGAGGAGGAGAAGGAGGAAGUGCACAUCUCCUCAGCUGAGAGUAUUUUUCACAAAGAAAAAAUGCUGGCACUUGGCCACACCUUGAAGAAUUCGCUUCUACCCUUUGAAACGAGAGCCCAGGCUGCCCAGAAAAUUGGGCUGCUGGCCUUCACAGGUGGACCCAUUGCUGGGAAGUUCGCAGCUGAUUACAUGAAAGAAAUAGCUGACUUGUUGCAAAAUGAAAAGGUGGUUCCCAAAGUGAAGGUUCUGCUGCUCCAGAGCGUGGCGUGUUGGUGCUACUUAAACCCUGUCAGCCAGCGGAAAGCCAAACGCCUGAAGUUCAUUCCUAUUCUCACUCAGAUUUUGGAAAGUCAUCUUCAGUCUACCAACAAAAGUGAAAUGAACUACCACCUCCUUGUUAAAUUCUGGACUUGUUAUACCCUCUCUGUCAUGACAUGCAAUAACGUAUCAUUCAUAAAGGAGCUUAAGGAUCACAGUGGUCUAAAAUGUAAUCUGCAAAUAUUGGCUUCAGAGAAUUGGUCCGGCUGGCCUGAGAAUUUUGCGGAGGUGCUGUAUUUCCUAAUUGGUUUUCACAGGAAUUGA